CCCCCCCCCGGAUAAACUGGGUAGACUCCGCUCUUAUCCGGGGGCACGGUUCGCCAUAAUUAAUUGUAGCGGCUGAUCCUGGCUAAAUCUGAGUCGCCCGUUUCCGGAGUCCGGCCUGAAAUUACGCGCCUUCGGAUUCUCGUCGUGCAUUUUGUUUGUUGCUAGGAUGCAAGGGGGCGGUUGUGGCUGCUGGUGAAUGGAGGCAGAACGGGGCUCCCUUACUUCUGAGGAAUCUCCGCAGCGCUUUUUCUUCCAUUACUAGAUCUGGUGGCGAUUAAGAGUUCAUCCUAUGCAGGUUUACGCCUUUCUAAACUCAUUGAAGUCCGUGGGUAACACUGCUUAGGAUAGUCUCAGAAAAUAAACUAAUGUGACCUAAUGCAAAGUGAAUGAAAGUUACCUGGCUGCAAUUGUAUCAGGAGGACAACCAUUUUGUCAGUUUCUGACUCAAGAAAAGGAAGAUGGGGAACAGUGCCUUAAAAGCUCAUUUGGAGACUGCCCAGAAAACGGGGGUAUUCCAGCUGACUGGAAAAGGCCUUUCUGAGUUUCCUGAAGAUCUGCAGAAGCUGGCGAGUAAUCUCAGGACAAUAGAUUUGUCAAACAAUAAGAUUGAAACUCUGCCUCCAAUAAUGGGAAGAUUCUCUGUGCUGAAAAGCCUUGCUCUCAAUCAUAACAAACUGACUGCCCUGCCUGAAGAGCUGUGCAAGCUGAAAAAACUUGAGGCUUUGCAUCUGAAUGGCAACUAUCUGACGCAGCUACCUGCUGCCUUUGGACAGCUCUCAGCACUAAAGACUCUGAGCCUUUCGGGAAACAAGCUCCGAAUUGUACCUCCCCAGCUUUGUAGCCUCCGUCACUUAGAUGUGGUGGAUCUCUCCCGCAAUCAGAUCCAAAGUGUGCCAGACACAGUGGGAGAACUGCAGGCCAUUGAACUGAACUUGAAUCAGAAUCAGAUUUCACAAAUCUCAUCACAGAUCUCUCACUGUCCCCGCCUCAAAGUCUUGCGUCUGGAAGAGAACUGUUUAGAACUAAGCAUGCUUCCUCAGAGUAUUCUCAGUGAUUCUCAGAUCUCUGUGCUUGCAGUAGAGGGUAAUCUAUUUGAAAUCAAGAAACUCAGAGAGUUAGAUGGGUAUGAUAAGUAUAUGGAGAGAUUCACAGCCACAAAGAAAAAGUUUGCCUGAUGGACAGUCUAAUCUUGUGAAGGAAAAAUUCAUGAAACGUGGAUCCUACAUGCUGCUAGCCUAUUUGAAGAAGGAAUGUGAAGGCUUUGACUAAUGCCAAGGAAACACCAGCCAUAUUGACUUUUUAGUGGUCUGGUACAUAAACAUUUAAUGCUGCAAAGUGAAGGAAAGAUGCAGCCAAACUAGCCUGGGUGUAAUGUUUACCAUAAGAGCAGACAAUGUCUGCCUUAUUUAAUUCUCCAUCUUCAGGGAUCCUUGUGGAUUGGAAGAAAAAUCUUGUAUAUUACUUGAGCUGCACCAGUUUGUUUCAGCUGUCAGCAAGCUUGUUUUUUAAAGAAGUUGUAAUAUGGAGAGUGAGCAUAAUUAUGUCUGGGGAACACUUGCAAGGAGGCUUUGAAACUGCUUAACAAUGCAAAGUCAUCUUUUUGCUGUAUUGUCUUAUAGUGUAGAAGAGGCUGACUGCUUUUUAAAAAAAACUAUGUAUUUUAUGAAGCACAAAGAAUUAAGUUUAGUGUAAUGUGUUACAAGAUAAAAAAAUAAUUGUCCCGGCUUCACUUUUACAAGGGCAGCCCGUGAUUGGCUUGUCUUCCACUUGAUGGUGAAAUGCACUACAAUCCACCUCUAAGCAUGCUUAAAUGGCGUAUGUGACUGGAUCUAGAUAUCCACACUGACUGCAUUGUGGGGGAGGGGAGAGAAGACGGCAUCCUUGCACUGACUGUUUAUGGUAGUAGAACAAACUCAACUGCUUAAUCUAGUUGAUCACCUUUAUUAUUGCUGCCUUAUGCAAAGUAUGCAGGAGGACCGAAAAAUAUGCAACUACUCAGAAUAACUUGUAUAUUUUUACUUUAAACAAUUUACAUCCACAAAUGUCUUAAGCUCUUUGGCACUUUUAACAUUAAAGCUAUGUUAAGAACUAUUCAAACACAAUAUGAAUAAUAAAAAUAAACAUAUGUAUAACAUGGGUUCUGUGAAAGUAACGUUGCUCUUCUAUGGAAAAAUCUAGCAUAUUCUAUUUCAUUGAAAAGAAAGCUACCAUAUUUAUCUGAAUGUUUAUACUGCUAGCUUUUGGGAUGGGGUCAUCUGACAAGGUUUUUAUUACAUAGUAAUAAAUAUACAAUAAACAUUUACACCAUAGAAUAAAUUGAGUUUUACUUUUUGCACCUCUUCAUUGUUUGUUUAUAGUCUGCCUAUUUAUAGUCUAUCUCACUGAGAUCCAAGGCGGAUUACUUACUGCAAGUGAAUAUAACAUAAUCAAUAGCUAGGACAUUAACAGCAAAAAUACAAUAUGAUCAACAGUUGGGACAUCCAAUGAAAACAGAUAAGUUGGGUUUGAUUGAUGUUUAGAUUUCUAUUCGCCCUCCCCGCAAGCAGGCUCAGAGUGGGUCACAACAGCUCAAUCACAAAAAUACAAGAAUAUAAAUAUGUAAGUAAAUAAAACAACACAAUGGUAGCUGCAAAUCUGAAAACUAGUAAAGCAGAACACACAGAUGAAACCUUUCUGAAUUAAGUAAUUAACAUGACAUCUUUGCCAACAUCAAACUAUCCAGCGGGACUAUAUCCACACCAGCAGCCAGUACCCAAUAGCCUAGUCUACAUUCCCUGUCCCUUUCCAAGG